AUGGCUCCCAGCACAGCUGACAUUCCUCGUGGUGAAGACCACACAUCGGAUUCCGACUCAUCUCAUGAGCUGGAAUGGCAGCUUCUAGACGACACCGAUUCAUCUGAUUCCGAGGCCACCAAUCAAGAUUCAAUUUCCACCCAUGACCUCUUGACCGCGCCAUUGAUGAGUCGGGAGGCUUAUACCUAUAUUCAACGUGAAAAACGAAUUGCUCAGUACGGCGUCAUCGGGAAGGCUCUGAGUGUACAUCACAAGGGCCGGGUCGAGGUGAUGGAAGACCAGCGCCUAUAUUUAAAUACGAAUACACCUUUUUCUGCAGUUGUCUGUGGUGUUCAGGGCAAGUACACUCUCGAUUCUCCUUUUAUUGCUGCUCACGUCUUUCUAGGGUCCGGGAAAUCACACACGGUCUCGACGAUCUUGGAAAACAUGCUCAUAUCUGGGUUCUCCGCCAUUGGGUCCCUCUCGAAAGCGUUAUGCGGACUGGUGCUACACUAUGGCGAGGGCGGACCGAGUGCUCUGCCGAAUGAAGCAGCAUGGCUCUCGUCAUCGUUAUCUUCUCAUGUUAAUGGUCCCCCAGUGCACGUAUAUGUCUCUCGUUCGUCCCUCCAAACCAUGCGCCAAAUAUACGCACCUUUGGGAGGCAAGGUCACCGUCGAACCGCUUCUCUUUCAGAGCUCCGAGCUCGAUGCUGCCGCCAUAUUAUCGAUGAUGGCAGUUGGCUCGUCUGAGUCGGCCCCCUUAUACAUGCAAAUCAUCCUGUCUCUCUUACGUGACCUUGGUGAAAAUUAUACAUACAAAGCUUUCAUGGACAAACUUGAGCUUUCCAAACAGAAAUUCAACCCUGCUCAGCUGACAGGCCUUGAACAGCGCCUAUCUUUGUUGACCUCUUUUCUCAACCCUUCACCCCCUCCCAAGAAAAAAGGUGCAACUGCCUUGCGUCCUUCCCUUUUUCAUGCGGGACAGUUGACUAUUAUCGACUUAUCGGACCCGUUUCUUGACACCUCCUCCGCUUGCGGCUUGUUCGAGAUCAUCGUUCGACUGUUUGUUCGUGCAGAUGUCGGGACCGGGAAAGUAUUGGUCGUUGAUGAAGCCCACAAGAUCCUCAAGCGGUCUCACAAAGUCUCUCUUGAAUCUCAUACGACAGCAGCGCCAUUUGGCUAUGAGAAUCAUCAUAAGUACUCAAGUUUUGCUCGAUUUGUGUUCCGUGGCAAUUCUCCAUAG